AGCAAAGCCCCUUCCCUAUGCUCACACAUCCAACACCAUGAACCCCACCUUGCCAUCUAUCUCCUUCCAAUCUCCUUGUUUCAAGAUCCAACCAGAUCCUCAGCGGAGCCACUGGCCUCCUCGGCAACAGAGCACAAGGAAACCAGGGCUGUCUCUAAAGCUUAUACGCGCAACACUAGGACCAGACGCCAAUGGCGGACUCCACAAUGCUGACCGCAGAGGUGCCACCUUACCAUCUUCGCCCCUGUCAGAUGUAGUUCAGGAGUUUUACUCCUCCCUCAAUGAAAAGAACAGCAAACGACUCGAUAAGUUGAUGGCCCCUGAUUGCAUCGUCGAGGAUACUGCUUAUUAUAAGCCACUGGAUGCCAAGUGUACCCGUAUCUACUUCAAACGAUUGAUGGAAUCCAUGGGAAAGAAGGUCAAAUUUGCCAUUGACGAGGUUUGUCAAGGUGCAGGGCGGACCGCUGCAGUAAUGUGGCACCUUGAAUGGAAUGGAUACAUCAUCCCCUUUACGAAGGGCUGCAGCUUCUACAUAUGCUCAGCAAAUGGAGCAGCGCUUCUUAUCAGGAAAAUUCACAUCUUCGAUGAGUCACCACUGAAGCCAGGAAAGUGGGCAUUGGAAAUACUCAACAUUGUUACCAACUUGAUCAACAUGUUCCCCAAACUAGCUGAAGGUUUCCUCAAGGAUCCAGAAGCAGUAGUUCAACCAUUCAUAAAGAUCUACAAGUUUUAUGUGGAGCCUUUUAUCCUCCCCUUUCUUGCAUAUUAUACCCACUUCUGGACAUAUGUGGCUCGAGGAUUGACUAUGGUGCUACAUAUCUUGUAUAACCUAUAUAAACAGCUUAUGUAAAGAGCUAAAGUGACUGAAUCCAGAAAAACAAAUUUGCAAAGAUU